UGGCGAAUGACAUGAACUAGUGGGUUGUCUGCUGUUGUGAUGUGGUGCGUGCUCGCGUUUUCGGGGGGGGUGGCUUUGAAUCGCAGUCCCUCCCCGCCGUCCAAAGGUAAUAUGCUAAGCGGUUAGCAUUUUGGCAGAUCACCUACUGCACCUUUAAUAUAACCUAAUAAAAAGGAAACGGAUGAGUUAUAAAAGAAAUUCAGCCCUCACAGUCGUCAUGAAGGGUAAUAUUAUAUACACUAAAAGCAUGUUUUGUACCAGGCUGUAAACAUGUUUUUAUCAGCUUUAAAAUUGGCCAAUUUACCAUUGCAGUCAGAAAACGUCUGAAUUUUCUGCAGUCAGCCCCUUAAGGCAAGUUGAUGAAUUGCAGUUUUAGUUACCUCCAUACUGGCUUCACAAGGGAGAGCGAGAGGUUGCCGCUUGGUUCAAAACUUCUAUGACUUUCUUUUUUCUGUUAAACAUGAAGAAGAUAUUUUAAAGAAAGUUGGAAAUCUGCAACCAUUUUGACUUUUCCAACUAUGUAAGUGGUUACAGGUUUCCAGCUAUUGAGUAAAUGUUACAUUUUUGAGUGAACUUUGGGUGAACUGUCCCUUUAAGCUGAAGAUUCUUUCUCACUCCCUCUAUGAGUCUAUAGCCCUUAUCUUUAUGUGCCAUUUAACCUUUGAAGCAACAAUUCAUUCUCUGUGUCUGUAUGUGUGUGUGUGUGUGUGUGUGUGUGUGUGUGUGUGUGUGUGUGUGUGUGUGUGUGUGAAUGUUUUAAGAUGAACAACUCACACACCAGGUCAGACUGAAAAGAUCCGACUGCAUCUCUUGACUUCUCGCCUUUAUUCUUCAUAUUUUGGGUCUGUUUCAGAGUUAAACAGGUCUGAUGGAGGAGACACGCCGUAAUGUCAAAACAAGAAAGAAAACCCACUCACCGAAGAGAAAAGAUGAGAAAUUUUUGACCUGCACUCAGUGUGGAAAGAGUCUGAGCUGCAAAAAGAGUCUCAGAGUUCAUAUGAGGAUUCACACUGGAGAGAAACCGUUCACAUGUGUUCAGUGCGGGACGAAUUUCAGACAUUCAUCAGGCCUUAAUGAACACAUGUUGAUCCACACUGGAGAGAAACCGUUCACAUGUGUUCAGUGCGGGACGAGUUUCAGACAAUCAUCACACCUUAAUCGACACAUGUUGAUCCACACUGGAGAGAAAACACAUGAAUGUGAUCAAUGCAGCAAAACAUUUUUGUUAGCUCAAGAGCUCAAGAACCAUCUUCAAGUGCACACAAAGGAGAAACCUUAUCCAUGUUCAUUGUGUGGAAAGAGAUUUAAAUGUCAGCAAAGUUUGAAAAAACAUCAGAAGAUCCACACUGGUGUGAGAGAGUUUAUGUGCUUUGAGUGUAAGAAGACUUUUAUUAAAGCUGAACAUCUGAAACGUCAUCAGAGGAUCCACACUGGAGAGAAACCGUACAGAUGUAAUCAAUGCGGGAAGAGUUUCAGAUGUUCAUCAGCCCUAAAUAAACACAUGAAGAUCCACACUGGAGAGAAACCGUUCACAUGUGCUCAGUGCGGGACGAGUUUCAGACGUUCAUCACACCUUAAUCGACACAUGAUGAUCCACACUGGAGAGAAACCAUUCACUUGUAUUCAGUGCGGGACGAGUUUCAGACAUUCAUCAGCCCUUAAUCAACACAUGUUGAUCCACACUGGAGAGAAAACACACAAAUGUGAUCAAUGCAGCAAAACAUUUUUGAGGGCAUCAGAGCUGAAGAGCCAUCUUAGAGUUCACACAAAGGAGAAACCUUAUUCAUGUUCAUUGUGUGGAAAGAGAUUUAAAUGUCAGUCAGGUUUAAAAAAACAUCAGAAGAUCCACACUGGUGUGAGAGAGUAUAUGUGCUUUGAGUGUAAGAAGACUUUUAUUAAAGCUGAACAACUGAAACAGCAUCAGAGUAACCACACUGGAGAGAAACCGUACACAUGUGAUCAAUGCGGGAAAAGUUUCAGAUGUUUAUCACACCUUAAUCGACACAUGAUGAGUCACACUGGAGAGAAACCGUUCACAUGUGUUCAGUGCGGGAAGAGUUUCAGAUGUUCAUCAGACCUAAAUAAACACAUGAAGAUCCACACUGGCGAGAAACCGUUCACAUGUGUUCAGUGCGGGACAAGUUUCAGACAAUCAUCAAACCUUAAUAAACACAUGUUGAUCCACACUGGAGAGAAAACACACAAAUGUGAUCAAUGCAGCAAAACAUUUUUGAGUGCUCCAGAGCUGAAGAGGCAUCUUACAGUUCACACAAAGGAGAAACCUUAUUCAUGUUCAUUGUGUGGAAAGAAAUUUAAAUGUCAAUCAGGUUUAAAAACACAUCAGAAGAUCCACACUGGUGUGAGAGAGUAUAUGUGCUUUGAGUGUGAGAAGACAUUUAUUACAGCUGGGGAACUGAAACUGCACCAGAGGAUUCACACUGGAGAGAAACCGUACAUGUGUUCACACUGCAACAAGAGAUUCAGUGUGUUAGGAAACCUGAAAACACAUGAGAGGAUCCACACUGGAGAGAAACCUUACGCAUGUGAUCAAUGCGGGAAAAGUUUCAGAUGUUUAUCACACCUUAAUCGACACAUGAGGAUUCACACUGGAGAGAAACCGUUCACAUGUGUUCAGUGCGGGAAGAGUUUCAGAUGUUCAUCAGCCCUAAAUAAACACAUGAAGAUCCACACUGGCAAGAAACCAUUCACAUGUGUUCAAUGCGGGACGAGUUUCAGAUGUUCAUCAGAUCUUAAUCUACACAUGUUGAUCCACACUGGAGAGAAAACACACGAAUGUGAUCAAUGCAGCAAAACAUUUUUGAGGGCUUCAAAUCUGAAGGUCCAUCUUAGAGUUCACACAAAGGAGAAACCUUAUUCAUGUUCAUUGUGUGGAAAGAGAUUUAAAUGUCAGCAAAGUUUAAAAGCACAUCAGAAGAUCCACACUGGUGUGAGAGAGUAUAUGUGCUUUGAGUGUGGGAAGACAUUUAUUACAGCUGGGGAACUGAAACUGCACCAGAGGAUUCACACUGGAGAGAAACCGUACGUGUGUUCACACUGCAACAAGAGGUUCAGUUGGUCAGAAAAACUGAAAAGACAUGAGAAGAUCCACACUAAUGAGAAAUGUUUGACCUGCACUCAGUGUGGAAAGAGUCUGAGCUGCAAACAGAGUCUCAGGAAUCACAUGAUGAUCCACACUGGAGAGAAACCGUUCACAUGUGAUCAGUGCGGGACGAAUUUUAGACGUUCAUCACACCUUAAUCAACACAUGUUGAUCCACACUGGAGAGAAAACGCACAAAUGUGAUCAAUGCAACAAUAUAUAUUUGAGGGCUUCAAUUCUUAAGGUUCAUCUUAGAGUUCACACAAAGGAGAAACCUUAUUCGUGUUCUUUGUGUGGAAAGAGAUUUACACGUCAGUCAGAUUUAAAAGCACAUCAGAAGAUCCACACUGGUGUGAGAGAGUUUAUGUGCUUUGAGUGUGAGAAGACUUUUAUUACAGCUGGAGAUCUGAAACGGCACCAGAGGAUUCACACUGGAGAGAAACCGUACAUGUGUUUACACUGCGACAAGAGAUUCAGUCGGUUAGGAAACCUCAAAAGACAUGAGAGGAUCCACACUGGAGAGAAACCGUACAUGUGUUCACACUGCAACAAGAGAGUCAGUCGGUUAGGAAUCCUGAAAACACAUGAGAAGAUCCACACUAGACUAUAAAAUGGAUCCACAUCCAAAUGGAUGGAUUGUGUAGCAAGAGAUUUACACGAGAGUGACUUUUGUUUCUUUUUACAGUUUUUAUAAAAUAUUUCACAAACAUUAACAACAUCCAAAACAUCCAUCCAAAAUACCAAAUCAAAAUAAUGAUUAUGGGAAACACAGGCGGCGCGGUGAAUGAAUGGGAAACAGAAAGAUGAAUAAGAAACGCAUACACAAUCUAACAAGCAAAGAAUCUGUUAAAUGGGUGGUCCACACUGUGUAUUUUUAGGGUUGGUUGUGUUUAUAAGUUGUAAAGCAAUGUGUGCUCAUGGUUCAUUUGUAGAAAAUCCUGUUAUUUUUUCAGAUAUCUUACUUUGAUUAUAUACAGCUACUCAGCUAACAUGAAAAUGACUGUCAUAUUUCCUAGUUCCUUUGAAAGGCCCGCCAUCAAGAGGCUCUGAUUGGUCAACUAACAUGAUGGGCUGUGAUUCGCGGAUCGGCUAUCACAGCUUCAUCGGUUGGAGGAGUUUUAGCCAAAUCCAGCACUGAACUAAGAGACAUUCUUGUAGUUCUCCUUUGUCAAAUGCUAGCUAUAUCUUUUUUUUAUAAUUCUCUGGAAAAUAAUGAAAAUUAAACAGUAAGCACUUCUGUCUUUGUGUCGUGUCUUUUGGAAUCGCAAAUACAGAAACAGAAGAUGCUCUGUGGAAAUAGCAGAGACGGACGCCAUUUUAGCUUUCUCUGCUACAUUACAGUGCAUAACCUGAAGCCCUUUUGAUCUCAGAAGCCCAGGUAUAUAUUUUUGUAGUCCCCAAAUUCAUUUGCUGUAGGCUUUGUUAAGCUUACUCUGUAAAAGUCAAUGUAUCCAAUUGCAUAGAACUAUGAGCGUCUUACAUUCAGAGAUGCUGUUUAUGUUCACAGUUACGUUACACAUCAACUAAAGUUUAAAAUAUGAUAUCGUAGCAGACCACCUCUUUAAAAAUAAGACAACUGUAAAGAAAAAACAUGAACAAAAAUAAAUGAAUUAAAUAUAAAUGCCCCUGACUGGAUCAAUAUAUUUUUUAAAAAUCAAGCAUUUAUUUAUACACAUCACCGGUCAAAAGCUUGGGGUCGGUAUGAUUUUUAAAUGCUUAAAGCUUCUCCUGCUCACCAAGACUGCAUGUAUUUCAUCACAAAUACAGUACAAACUGUAAAAUUAUGAAAUGUUAUUGUACUAUAAAGUAACGGUUUAAAAGUAAUUUAUCAUUUAAUUGAAUCAUUUAUUCCAGUGAUUUAAAGAUGAAUUUUUCAGCUUCAAUACU